AUGGCACGCAACCGCUCCGGCCUCGACGCUGCAUCCCCAAACGCUCACCGUAAGACAUCCGCAACGAAGACUACAGAGCCCAUUCGGCUCACGGCUCCCUCUACCAACCUCCCAACCCCAGUCCUCCUCGCAGACAGCACAACAUACACGACCCACGUUCGAGUCUUUAUCCAGUCCACCGGCGAUGACUCCGGCUCUGAGUGCGAACUCACUGGGUGGAUCUCCUUUCCCGGCACCGGCCUAAUUCUCAACUACAAUGUCGACCUUCCCAUCAUUACUAAUUUCUCCGCCGAAAACAAUGGCCUCGGACGGCUCAUCGCAGAGUACACUGGCCAACAGGCUGGAUCGCCCGCGCCAUUUCAGGCAUUCUGUGACGAAGAUGAUGUGGGUGGGUUGGAUCAUAUCAUGGGUGUGGUGAUGGACUGGACGAGACCGGAGAAUAAGGGAUUUGCCGAUGGCGGUGUGUGGGAGUGGAGGGGUUGGAGGAAUAGUGAGGAUAACAGGUAUAUUGCGAAUUUGUGGUGGCAGGUUAGUCCUGGGUGGGUCUGA